AGGGCAAAGCUUUGAUAUUGAUCUGAUUGUGCCCUUUGUUUCCGUUUGCGUGUCCCCUUUCCUGGUUUGGCUUGGUUUUCCGUCAAUUGCAGUACAGAAAACUGGGCUUUCCUCUUGGCUUCCGAUUCCUUGCCUUUCCUUGCUUUUCCUUGCUUCGAGGGCCUGCUGGCUUCCCCUGCUUUGCCUGCCAAGUGCACGGUCGAUUGAUUCCUCUGUCGGUGUGCUGUCAUACGAAGCGGAGUCGGAUCCCUUUUUCUCCUGCUCGAUUUACCCCACUCAAAAGCGGACUCAAAUCAGACUCCACCUCUGCUCCUAAUCGAAGCUUAGCGUGCUACAGCGCAGCUGCUACAAAUGCCGAUGCAGUUGCUGGCAGGACUACCAGCAUCGUAGGCUUUGUUUUUCGGAAGAGGAGAGCAGAGGCGAGGCGAGGAACUUAAGGCAGUGUACGCCGAUCACCAUCUUACAAGAAUUGUUGGCCCCGUUGUGGACGAAGAUCAGAUGCAGCGCAGGUGGAAACUUUAGUCUAUGGGAUUCUUGGGGGAGGUUGUUUAGGGUUUAUGGUGUAAACCCCACUAAGUAGGAUCUCAAUGCUGUGCUACUUUUGGAAUCAUUGACGCGGUACAGCCAGUAUGAAUUUUGAUUACAUGAGCUGACAAUACUUCGUUGAGAACCUGCGCUCUCCUUGUCAUGGCUACUGCCAAGGAUGUAACUGAUAAAUUUCGCGAAGCGGUUCGCUCUGCAGCUGCUAAUGAAGGCUUUGAUGAGGAGAAAUUGGCGAAUGUUUCAGCGGCCCUUAUUAUGCGCAAAGCACUUCCUCGCUCGGAAUUCACAUCCACAGCUAUGGAUAUUCUUGGAAACAUUCGAUCAAUGCACACUUUUAUCAUGACACAUGGGAAAGAUUACUCUGAUCGAUAUAGGAGCACUGAAAAGGACAGAGAUGUCAUCGAGCAUGAGGUGAAUAUGUUUGUGAAAGCGUGCAAGAAGCGCAUUGAUCAUCUAAAAGACACUAUAGGCGCUGAGGAGAAAAAGACUGGACGUUCAGGUUGGCUGAGUGGACUCACCAAGAAUGGCCUAAGUAGAGAUCUCAACGCUCACCAACAUGGCAUGGUCCUUAUUUUGAGUGAGCAUUUACAUGCUGUUACUGCCCAGUUUGAUCAACUUCGAGCUGGACGAUACCAGGAAGCUAUUGAGAAACGAAUGCCCAAAAGAAGGCGGGGUCUACAAGGACUGAAUGAGACUCAAACAGGCUCCGAUCCGGCAUCCCAAGACUGGUCAAGCACUAAGCAAGUUAAUGCCCGACCGGAAGCUUACCAAGCUCAAGAACAACUAGAUGUGGAAACCCGCAUGCUACAGGUAGAACUGACCAAUUUAAUGGACACGGUUCAAGAAACUGAGAGAAAAAUGUUGGAGGUGUCAGCUCUCAACCACCUAUUUUCAACGCAUGUGCUACAUCAAGCUCAACAAAUCGAAAAACUUUAUCAUCAGGCCUUGGAUGCCACUUCAAACAUUGAGACAGGCAACAAAGAAUUGAAGAAGGCCAUAAGACGGAGCAGUAGCAGUCGUUUGUAUAUUCUUCUUGUUAUGAUUGUGCUCACUCUAUCACUUUUGUUUUUGGACUGGUAUCAAUAAUCAUUGUACUUUUCCUUCCACACCCAACAUUUGUCGGAAGUUGGGAGAUUUCUCCCUCAAUUAUGGUCAUGGCAGCCUCCAUAAUGAACCAAAGAGUUAGCAACUUUAUUUAUCGAGCGUUUAUUUGUAGAUAACAUGGACAUUGUGGGUGGUGUCACUCCGGGUAGAUUUGCAUGGGAGGGUCUGAAAUGAAACCAUAAUAUGUACGGUAGAUUUAUCAUUCUGUUCUAUCCCUUUGGCACGAGUGUGUUCAUAUAAUCUAGACCAAGAAAACUUUGUAGUUUAUUAUUGACUACAAGAGGCUGGUCAUUUUUGUUGAGGAUGGGGACGUCUUAAGAGAGGCGCUUAUUAGUCCCGUCGGGAACCUUUUUUUGCUCAACCUCUUACAAACCUUUUGGAUAGAAGGUGAUAGGAGGUGUACUCUGUAGUAUUAAUGGAAAGUAUUAAUGAGCCUUAGAAAAGUAAGGUUGUUGUCUAAUUGCUGCAUUAUCAAACACCUAAACAGAACACUAGCUGCGUAUCCGGUGAAUGUGAAC